UGUUCUUUUUUUGUUUCUGGUUCAUUCUCUCUUUCUCUCUCUAGAUUCUCUCUCCUCCAAAUCUUGUGACUUUGUCUGAAGAAAGAGAAGACUCUGUGUGGACUCUCACACCAUACCUGAACAGACCAACGAGCUUCACAAAAGAUUUGAAUAAACGAAACCAAAUUACACAAUCUCAUAUUCGUGUUCUUAAAUUAUGCUUCGGAUUGAUUUGGAGGUUACACCCAAAUCUUUGUUCUUUAUUUUGCUUUGACUAUUAUAUGUGUAGCAUGUGUCAUAAUUGUGGUGUGGAACUGAACAAGCCAAAGGAGGCAAGGAAAAUAGAAGAGAAUGUGAACGGUUUAGAAAUUACCACGCAAGGCUCCAUUACGUCUUGCAAAUGUUGUGAGGUUAAGCAUGAGCAAGGAAUUGAGACAGAUAGUAGAAGAAACAGUUCUUAUGUAGAACCAAUGAUCAGUCCAAUGGCUUCUUUGUCUAGCAGCGAUCGGUCUGUAUCUAGUUGCAGUGAGAUUUCGGUUGAUAUGAACUUACACGAUAGGGCUAUUCAAGAAAAUGGAAGUUAUAGAUCAUAUUCACAUAUAGAAAGCAAUGGUAAGACUCUACCAAAGAGUAAUGGCCAUGAAGAAAAAGAUAAUGGUGUUGAAGCAACAAACAACUCCGUUGAUGAAGAAACUGAGGAUUCAAAUUCCUUUGAAGAUGAUGUUAAUGCCCAGAUUUGGGAUCCCCCUGAACCAGAAAAUCAAGAAGAUGAUUUGGUGGGCAGUGUGGCUUUCAAUGACGACGAUGAUGAAUGUGGAGAUGGCACGCCUUGGGGAAAGCCAAGUUCUUUGAGCCCUUCAAGCAGUGACAGAAGUGGGAAUUAUAAGUUUGAGGAAAAACAGAGAGCUAUGGAAGAGGUGAAGAAUGGAAAGUUUAAGGCUCUUGUUUCUCAACUUCUUAAAUUGGUAGAUGUUGCCCCCUGUGGACAAGAUGGUGAGAAUUGGGUUGAUAUAGUUACUUCUUUGUCAUGGCAAGCUGCUCAAUUUCUAAAACCUGAUGCCAUUGUUGGUACAAUUGAUCCAAAUGAUUAUGCGAAAGUGAAAUGCAUCCCAACUGGUGCUCGCAGUGAAAGCCAACUAAUUCAAGGGUUGGUCUUCAAGAAGCAUGCAGCACACAAGCACAUGCCGACUAAAUACAAAAAUCCGAGGUUGCUGUUAGUCCAGGGUGCUCUUGGCCAAUCCUCCAGUGGAUUGUCAUCAUUUAGUACUAUGGAUCAGGAAAAGGAUUACCUGAAUUCUGUGAUUGAGGUUUUAGCCUCGUGUCAUCCAAAUGUGAUUUUAGUGGAGAAGUCUGUUUCUCGUGAUAUCCAAGAGUACACUCUGAAAAAUGGAAUGACACUUGUCUUUGAUAUGAAGCUCCAUCGGCUAGAUAGAAUUGCUCGUUGUACAGGUUCGCCAAUUUUAUCGUUAGAUAUGAUGGCAAGUCAAAAGCUAAAACAUUGUGACUCUUUUCACAUUGAAAAAUUUGUUGAGGAACAUGCUGGUUCUAAUGAGGGAGGAAAGAAGCCAAGCAAAACAUUGAUGUUUAUUGAGGGCUGUCCUACUCGUCUGGGUUGUACGAUUUUGCUGAAAGGAGCAAAGAGUGAUGAAUUGAAGAAGGUUAAAUGUGUGGUUCACUGUGCGGUUAUUAUGGCGUAUCAUUUGAUACUUGAGACUUCCUUCCUUGUUGAUCAGAAAGCAAUGUUUUUUACAUUAUCGUCUGCUGAAGAGGCAAAUGUACUGUCCAGGGAUCAAGAACCCACUAAUCUAGACAUUGAUGCAUCCUCUCCUCGGCUUGAGGCUUCUGCUGAAAGUAAGUCACAUGAUAUUCCAAUAUCCAGUGGCUUUAAUGAUGGAGAUUUCUACAACUCCAACACUGAGUCAGACGGAAAUUCCCUGUUUUAUGAACCAUAUAGUCCUGCGAUACUGUCUGGCUUUUCCUCUCUUUCAGCUUCUUUUAAGAAGGCUGUUGGCGAAAAUUUCCCUCUUGCAUCUUCUUCUUACCAGUCACUUUCUUCAUACCUUGGUUUCCCUGAAAGUGAGUCGAACGAUAAUUGUAUCAAAUCUGUUUCUGGUUUAACAUCUCCUAAGGAUCUUGAUCAUUAUGAGGCUGAAGAUAAGAGCAGUUCUGAUGAAGAGAAGUCUCCAAAUGUUGAACAGUCUGAUUCUUCUAAUGAAAGCUCGGAGGCAUCUCAAGAAUUGAAAAAUGGUGACUAUGAUGAGGUGCAAACCAAGGAUGGCAUCAAUGGAAUGUUGGAUUCCCAGAGUAUUUUGGUUUUAAUGUCUAAGCGGAACGCCUUAAGAGGAACUGUAUGUGAGCAAAGCCAUUUUUCUCAUAUCAUGUUCUACAAGAAUUUUGAUGUUCCACUUGGACAGUUCCUGGUUGAUAAUUUACUUACUCAGAGAACUCAGUGCGAUGUUUGUGGUGAACUGCCACAAGCUCACGUAUACUACUACGCACAUCAUAAGAAGCAGUUGACCAUAAAGGUCCAGCGUCUUCAUCCUGAAAAGAGUUUACGUGGGGAAGCUGAAGGAAAAAUUUGGAUGUGGAGUCGUUGUGGCAAGUGCAAACAUGGAGAUGGAGUAACUAAAUCUACGAAAAGAGUUUUGAUCUCCACUGCUGCUAGUAAAUUGUCACUUGGAAAGUUUUUGGAGCUCGGGUUUUCACAACACUCCUCAUCCCAUAGAUUAUCUAGCUGUGGCCAUUCAUUUCAUAGGGACUUUAUCUACUUCUUCGGGUUAGGUCCCAUGGUUGCAUUAUUUAGGUAUUCUCCAGUUGCCAUUUAUACCGUGGCUGUGCCACCUCAGAAGUUGCAGCUCAGCCAUACAAUUAAGCAAGAUGUUCUUAGGGAUGAAAUUGAGAAUGUGUAUACGAAAGGGAUAUUGCUGUUUACAGAGGUUUCAAACUCAUUAAAGGAACUCAAAUCCCAAUUUGAGGGCUUGUCUUUGGAUCUCCAAGGUUCUAUAAAAGAAUUCUCCGAUAUUGAGGAUAUGUUAAAGCAGGAAAGAUCAGAAUUUGAGGAAAAUAUUCAGAAAAUUUUCUCAAAGAAUGGGAAUUCAGACCAGACUGCUCAUAGACUUCUCAGUUUGAAUCGAUUACUGUGGGAACUUCUGGUAUCAUCCUGCAUUUGGGAUAGGCGCAUGAAUUCCCUACUCUCUCGUGAUAUCGUCGUCAUUGCUAAUUCUAGUGUCGAUGGGAAAAAAAUUCAAGGACAAGAGAGCAACGGUGUUGCACCAGAAGUGAAGGUGGAUACUGAGAUGACUAUCGAAGGAGGUGAACUAAAUUUGAAGUUAGAUGCCUCUGCAGAUGUAGAUGACUCUUCAACCAAUGAAAUUCCGAUUGAAGGUCCUUUUGACGAAUCUAGAUCUAGCGAUCCAGGUGAAGUGUCUCUUGUUCAUGAAAGUAUUGAUAUCCCCAUUGAGGGUGAGUUAAGCCCGAAAGAAUUGUCCAGAGAAGAUUCUGUUGUGAUACCUGACAACUAUCAUUCUGAGGAUUCUGAGGCAGAUAACGAACCAGAUUCUGAUCGCCUACAAGUGAAGAGAUCAAAAACAAAUUUCCCAAAUGUUAGCAGUUAUGAUUCUGUAGCUGAUUUGAAUUUACUGAAGAAAAAUGUUUCAGAGACUUCACUUUUGCAUCACUCAGAAAAUUCAAAGGGAUGGUUCUGGUCACCAUUUGCUGAGAUAAUUGGUUUAGAAAUGAGAGACCUUCAAAGACUAUACUUUCAGAAAUUCGAAUCUGUCAGUAGCUAUACUAGGGAAAAUAUACCCGAAGCAUAUCAACUGAUAUCUGAAGAAGGACGAAGACUGCACAUUCCUCUUGGGACAGAUAUUGUUUCAGAUUACGAGGGCGAACUCUCUAGUAUAAUCGCUUGUGCAUUGGCAUUGUUGAAAGAGGGUGAUGUUAGUACGAAAUCUCUCGAGAGUUCGUACAGUCUUCCUCAUUUUUCUUCAAUUACUUCCUCACGUUGGUCUUCAAACACUUCCACUGAUUCUGAUUCAGUCCACUUAACACCAAGUGUUUCACUAGAUGAGUCUCGCUUCUCGAGUUUUGAUGGAUUGAAUUUGCUGGAGUCACUUGUACCUCCUGGAACUGUCAAUCCGGUGGUUCAUCUCGGUUUUGAAAAAUCACUUGGAAAGAGUCGAUAUACAGUUGUAUGUCCCUACGCCAACCAGUUUCGUGAUCUCAGAAACUUGUGUUGUCAAUCUGAGGUUGACUAUAUUACUUCUCUUAGCCGCUGCAAGCACUGGGAUGCUAAGGGUGGGAAGAGCAAUGCUUUUUUUGCGAAAACUCUUGAUGACAGGUUGAUUAUAAAAGAAAUCAGGAAAAUUGAAUUUGAAUCGUUUAUGAAGUUUGCUGAGGAUUACUUUAAGUACAUGAAGGCUUCCUUUGAAGUGGGGAACCAAACUUGCUUAGCUAAAGUUCUUGGGAUUUAUCAGGUUGUUGAAAGACCAAACAAAGGCGGGAAAGAGGUGAGGCAUGAUCUCAUGGUGAUGGAGAAUCUCACCUUUGGCCGGAAUUUUACUCGCCAAUAUGACCUUAAAGGCGCUCUCCAUGCUCGGCUCAAUACAAAAUCAAAAGAUCCCGGUGAUGUUCUUUUGGAUCAGAACUUUGUUAAUGACAUGAAUUCUUCUCCACUAUAUGUUAGUAGCACAGCAAAGCGUCUCUUGAUACGAGCUGUUUGGAACGACACAGCUUUCCUCAAUUCAAUAAAUGUCAUGGAUUACUCAUUAUUAGUGGUAGUAGACACUCAACGACGAGAGCUAGUCUGCGGUAUCAUCGAUUAUCUCAGACAGUACACAUGGGACAAGCAGUUAGAGACAUGGGUGAAAUCUUCACUUGUUCCAAAAAACUUGCUUCCAACCGUCGUCUCUCCAAUAGAGUACAAGAGGAGAUUCAGGAAAUUCAUGUCUACUCAUUUCUUGAGUGUCCCAGAUAACUGGUGCUCGGGCAAUUCCUCCGGCAACUUUGAACUCGAUCGUGUCAGAGAAUGAUUCUUUCUCACCAUCCAAAUGGUUAGGUGACACAAACAUGGUUUUUUCCUCCUUACCCCAAUUCGUUUUCUUUAACUUCUUGCCUAAGAAUUAGAUUCUCUGGUUCGGUUUACAAUCGAUUCGCCAAUACUGUAAAUAGUCUACGAUUUCAUAUGAGUCAGCUAUCCUAUAUAUCCUGCCCUGUUAUUCUGCAAAUUUUUAGAGAAUUUCUGGGGAUAGAGAGUCAUUCAUCUAAAGUACAAAAUGUGCAGCCAAGUUUAAUUUUUUUUGGUAUUGUUGCCUUUAUAUUUAUUUAUGUAUAGCCUUUUGAGAAUAUCAGAGUUGCUCUGAUAAAUAGUAUCAAUGAAAAGUUUUUAGCUCAUCA